AACAGAAGCAUCACUGAAACCCUUUUUCUUUCUUUGUUCUUCUUCUUCUUCUUCUUAUUCUCCGGCGAUUUACAGCUAUCAACGACGAUGGCGGGUGUUGAAACGGCGGUAAACGGGGUCGGAAGCCAUGAUCUCGUCUCAAUCCUCUCCGGCGAGUCCAGAGACUUCCUCGUCCGCCACAGCGGCGAUCAGGUUAAGACUUGUGAUCUUAAAUGGAAAGGUUGUGGCUUUAUACUUCUCUGCUUCAUGGUGUGGACCUUGUAGGAGGUUUACUCCAAAGCUAAUUGAGGUUUAUGGUGAGCUCUCUUCACAGGGAAAGGGGUUUGAGGUUGUGUUUGUUUCAGGGGAUGAGGAUGAGGCAGCAUUCAAUGAAUACUUUGCUAAAAUGCCAUGGCUUGCUAUUCCAUUCUCUGAUGAGAAGACAAGGGAUAGCUUGAAUGAGUUGUUCAAGGUGAGGGGGAUACCACAUUUGGUUAUCCUUAGUGAGAGUGGAGUUGUGCUUACUGAGGAGGGGGUGGAGGCUGUGAGAGAAUACGGCGCCGAGGCUUACCCUUUCUCUCAGGAGAAGAUCAAACAAUUCCAGGAGGGAGAGAUUGCAGCUAAGCAAGCGCAAACUCUUUGCAGUGUGCUUGUUUCUAACUCUCGUGAUUUCUUGGUUUCGAAAGAUGGAACUAAGGUACCUGUGUCAGAGCUUGAAGGGAAAGUCGUAGGUCUCUACUUCUCGGUGAGCUCUUUCCCUGGUAGCCGUGAGUUCACGCCGUCGCUAGUGAAGGCAUAUGAAAAGCUGAAGGAAAAUGGUGAGAAUUUUGAGGUUGUGCUUGUGUCGUUGGAUGAUGAGGAGUCAACUUUCAAUGCAAGCUUUGCAAGCAUGCCUUGGCUUGCUAUCCCCUUCAAGGACAAGGCCUUGGAAAAGUUACCCCGCUACUUUGAGCUCGAGACAUUGCCAACACUUGUUAUUCUUGGUCCUGAUGGGAAGACUCUGAAUUCAAAUGUUGCUGAGCUUGUUGAAGAACAUGGUCAUGAAGCUUACCCAUUUACUCCUGAGAAAAUUCAGGAGCUUGCUGAUGUGGCAAGGGUGAGAAUGGAAUCUCAGACAUUAGAGUCCCUUCUUGUUUCUGGGGAGCUUAAUUAUGUCAUUGGAAAAGAUGGUGCAAAGAUUCCAGUUUCCCAACUAGUUGGGAAGAACAUCCUUCUCUACUUCUCUGCGCAUUGGUGUCCUCCGUGCCGUGCAUUCUUGCCCCAACUCAUCACAACUUACAACAAGAUCAAGGAGAAAGACAGCGCCUUCGAGUUAGUUUUCCUCUCAAGUGAUAAAGAUCAAAGCUCUUUCGAUGACUACUUUGCUGAGAUGCCAUGGCUUGCACUUCCCUUUGGGGAUGAAAGAAAGAAGUCCUUGAGCCGCAAAUUCAAGAUUCGGGGAAUUCCGUCUCUUGUGGCCAUUGGUUCAUCAGGAAAUACAGUGACCACUGAAGCAAGAGGUCUCAUUAUGGUUCAUGGUGCUGAUGCAUACCCAUUCACCGACGAGAGAAUUAAGGAGUUGGAAGCUGAAAUAGAGGAGAUGGCAAAAUCAUGGCCGAAGACUCUGAAGCAUCAUCUACAUGAAGAGCACGAACUCGUAUUGACUCGCCGUAGGCGAUACAAUUGUGAUGAAUGCCAGGAUGGAGGACAAGGGUGGUCCUUUUACUGUGAAGAAUGCGACUUCGAUUUGCACCCCAAGUGUGCAUUAGCCAAAGAAAAAGGUGUUGCUAAUGAGGAAGGCGAAGAAAAAACCGGCAAGGAAGGCUAUGUUUGUGAUGGAGAAGUUUGCUACAAAGCUUGAGGCUAUUUAAUUUGCAGCGACUAGUCCUUGUGCUAAAAAUAAGAGAGUGUCAUCUUGUGUUAUGUCAGUGUGUUUUCCAUGUUAAGUAUUCUGAAUAUAUUGUGAACUUUGAAUCCUUGAUCUAUAAUGAGUGAUUUUGGUGUGGUGGUUCUAUGUAUUUUGAUGGACCGUCUUUUCUUUCUUUA